UAUUCAGAUUAAAUUUAAUCAGAAAUGGCAGCAAAGAAGGUAACUUCUCACUCACUCUGCAGGAAGCCAUCGCAAUUGUCUUAGACGUCAGUGCAACAAUGAACAAGCCUUUCCGUGGAGGGAGAAAAGGGAGGAGGAGACUCCAUGCAGCCGUCGACUCCAUCAAGAGGCUCAUUGAGCAGAAACUUCUUUACUCCAAAGGAACCGAAAUUGGCAUUGUGUCUUUUGGCAGUGAUACUACCAACAACCCGAUCAACGACAGACAAGGCGGCUAUGAGCAUGUAGAUGUCAUCGCAUACAUGGAAGAGCCGACUCCUGACCUUUUGUCAACACUCGAAUCCAGGGUGAAGCCAUCCACAACUGCCAAGGGCGACUGGAUUGAUGGACUCAUUGUUGGCUUUGACAUGAUCUACAAUAAAAUUGGAACCAAGAAAUACACCAAGCGAAUCUUCGUGGUGACUGACGGUGAAAAUGAAGUUAAAGAAGCAGACCAGCUGCAAGAAAUCAUCGAGCAACUGAACGCCUCCGACACCAGUGUCAAUAUCAUUGCAAUUGACUUCUGUAGUUCUCUGGAAGACUCAGACUCCGAGUCGGGAGAUCCGAAAGAAGAACACAAAAGCGACGGAGAUGAUGAUGACGACGAGAACGACAACAAGCCGAAGGGUGAGAGACUAAUCAAGUCGGAGUUGGAAGAGUUGGAGGAGCAACUGGGUGAUAAUACAGAAACUCAAGAGCAAAGAGACAACCAAGCAAUUCUAGAAAAUUUCACUUCAAAAAUUAAAGGUGCGAUCUUUCCCGCUAAAAUUGCUAUCUCUAUAUUCAAACAAUUCCAAAAAUAAGGAUGUUUCCAAAAGGACUAAAUUCAGAGGUGCUCUAGAGCUUGCUGAAGGUCUAGAUCUAGAAGUCUGAGUCUAUACAAAGACUACUGAAGAGAAGAUGCCUAGUCUAAAGAAGCACUCUCUUGCUGUAGACCCAUCAGACGAUGUUAAAGAAGGAGAAAUCACAAGGGAAGUAUUCUACACUGAUUCUAACGAUCCAGAGAAGAAAGAAAUAGAUCCCGAAGAAGUAAUUAGGGCUUAUUUCUACGGAAAGAAACUAGUGCCGAUCGAUAAAAUCAACGAACACGUCCUCAAAUUCACUGAUGAGAGAUGCCUCAAAAUGCUCGGGUUCACCGAGGGCGACAAGGUACCUCGACAAAACUAUAUGUCAGGAUGUGAUAUAGUAGUUCCUGUAGAAUCCUCCAAAAACAGAAGAGCUUUUAGCGCUCUUCUUAAGGCAAUGAUCGACACAGAUAAAGUGAUGAUUGCUAAAUGGGUCAGUAGGAAGAAUGCAGCUCCCAAGCUGGUUGUCCUUCAUCCAUACCAGGCUCCUAAGUUUGAGUGCCUCUACAUGAAUGUCCUUCCGACUGUCGAAGAUAUCAGAGAUUACCAAUUUGGUUCAUUAAUGGAGUCAAAUCAAGAGCAACAGAAAGCAAUGGAUGAAUUUGUAGAUGCACUUGAUAUCGACGAAAAUGAAAAUGAACAAGCAGUUGAGAAUGAAGAAGGGGUCUAUAACCCAACUCUACAAUAUUUCAACCAAUGAGUAAUUCACAGGAUCUACAACGGUGAAGACUCUCAACUUCCUGAGCUAAACCCGACGAUUGAAGAGCAGGCAAGACCUGAAGCUGAAUACCAUGAAAGAGCGCAAGAAGAAAUCAAGCAACUUGAAAGUGUGUUUGAGCUCGAAGAGAACAAAGAAGAAAUUAGAAGAAGAGAGAGAAGGCAAAGGCUAAGAGACAUCAUUCUCACUGGUGCUAAUGAAGAAGAAAAAGAAACACCCCAAGAAGUAGAAGCUACUGAAGAACAAGUUCCAGAAAUGGAACCAGCAGAAAAAGAAAUGAAAUUCAACUUCAAAGAUGAGGAGAAGGUAGAGAAGAUCACUUCGAUGAACCCUAUUCAUGACUUUGAGAAGAUGAUCGAGGAUAGAGUAGUUGAUAGAGUCGAUGACGCUCUCAAACAAAUGAGACAAAUCAUAUUAGAUUUUAUCAGACAUAGCACGGGAGGAGAUAUGUAUGAAAAAGCAUUAGAGUGUCUUAGAAAAAUGAGAGAAUCUUCCAAAGAUAAUGAUGAAGCUGAGCAGUUUAAUAACUUUGUCACUGAGCUCAAAGCUAGAUUCUCAGUUGGAAUGCACCAAGAUUUCUAUGAAACCAUGAGGACUCAAAAUAUUGGCCUCAUCACUAAAGAUGAAUCUUUCAAGUCUAAGAUCACUAAAGAAGAAGCUGAUGAAUUUUUUGGUUUCCAAAAUAACAACAAUGUUCAGGAAGAAGUCCAAGAAGAUAAAGAAGAGAAGAAAGAAACUAGUAUGUUCGACGACCUUGAGUAAAAGUAUAAUUCAACAAUCUUUCUUAA